AUGGUGCAGUACACUUGUAACACAUGCUCAGUAUCGUUAGAUGAUCAAGAAAUGUUAAAACAUUUAUCAUCAACAAGGCAUAAAUCAGUGAUUCAUUCUCCAACUCAGGAAACUCUUGAAUGUGAAAGUUGUCAAGAUUCAAAUAUUCAUCAAUUGAUUAUUAUUAGAUAUGGAGGUCAAGAUAUCUCACUACUUUGUCAAACUUGUUUCCAAAAAGAACAGGAUAAACCUUCAACUCAAUAUACUUUAAAUAAUGGAUCUAUAUUGAAGAAUUUUGAAAAUUAUUUGAAAAUUAGAGAUUUAGAAUGUGGUCUUUGUGGUAAUGAUUCUCACUUACAAAUUGAUAAAAAUCAACCUGAUUUUGUUGUUUGUUAUAAAUGUAUCCAAAAUAAUGAAUUACAAUCUAAAAGAGAUUUCAUAAAAGAAUCCGAUGAUAAUUUUCUAUAUGUUUUCUUGGGAAUUAAAGAACAUGUUAAAUCUUCAAAACCUUUGAAAAAAAGAACAAGACAAGUAGGAAGAGGUAAAAAGGGUAAAGGAAGAUUUGGAAAAGGUAAACCAUCAACCGGCGGUCCUAAAAGAAUUGGUACUCCAUCAGAACAUAAUACAACAUUAAGAUCUUUCCAAGCCUUAUCUAAAAAUCAAGUUGAUAAGAUUAAACCAAAAGAUGAAAUCAAUGAACCACCUCAAAAUAUUGUUAAAGUUGAUAAAAAACCAGAUAAUAAGAAUGGGAAAUUCAAUGGGAAAUCUUCACCAAGACCAGUAGGUUCUAAACCGCCGGGUUCAAAGUUUGAUAAAGGUCCAAGAUCAUCGGGAUUCAAGACAGAAACUUCAAGACCAACAGGUCCCUAUAAACCAACGGGAUCUAAACCAACAGGCCCAAAGACAACAGGCCCAAAGACAGGGAGCUCAAAAACUUCAGCUCCUAAGACAUCAGGUCCCAAACCAACAGGUCCUAAAACAGCAGGUACAAAGACCACAGGUCCUAAAUCUUCAAAACCAGCAUCAAAUGAUUCUAAAGAUCUAACAACAAAUAUCACUGAAAAAAUUGAAGAUUUACAAAUAUCUGAUAAGACUAAACCUGAAACUAAGAAUUCAUCAAAUAAUAAAAAUAAAGAUAAUAGCAAACCAAGGGUAAAUGGUAAAGACCAAUCAACGGGUAAAUCAACUGGAAAAUCAGCUAAUAAACCAGGUAGAUCCUCUGAUAAACUAGAUAAACAAACUGAUAAACCAGGUAGACAUUCUGAUAAGCCAACUAGAAAACCAACUGAGAAACCUGAAAGAAAAUCAAAUGGUCCAUCAAAAGAACCUAUAAAAUCAAAUGAUAAAUCCAAACUACAAGGUAAAACUGGUAAAAUUGAUAAUAAAUUCAAUAAACCAAAAAGUCCUAAAGAUUCCAAAGGAAAACCAACAUCUAAAAUAGAUGAUAAAAAUCAAACAAAAUCUACAAACCCUCCAAUUAAAAAAGAAUCAACACCAGUCGUGGAAGAAGAUUAUGAAGAAUUAGAGCAUAUACCAAAAUACCUAAGUAAUAAACCAAAAUUAUCUUAUGAUUCAUUAGAUGAAUAUUUUAAAGAAAUGUGUUUCCAUUUAUAUUUGGAAGAAAAAUUAUCAUCUCAACCAAUUACAAAUUUCCAUACAGAAUGGCAUGUUGAUAAUAAAAAUUUAUUCAAAGUUACUAUACCAUUCACCGAAGAAAUUGAAAAUUUAAUCCCACCAAAAUUAAGAAAUUUAGGUAAAUUACCAUUUAGUAUGAAUCAAUCAAUUUUUGUUGCUAAAUCAAAUGAUAAAGAUAAUAUUUGGGAUUGUUUUGUAAAAGAUUUGAAUUUAAUCAAAAGAAAUGGUAAAAAAAUUGAAUUACUAUUAGAAUUAUAUAAGUGGAAUAAUAGUGAAAAUUUCCCAAUUGGUUCUUCAAAUUUAUCAAUUAUUCCAUGUUCUGCUACUAUAACAAGAAUUUUAUUUGCAAUGUCAAGAAUUUCAAAUGAAAGAUUUAUCAAGAUGUUAUUAGGUAAAGAUCCAAUUAGACAAAUUAAUUUUAAGAAUAGAUUACAAUUCACCAAGGAUACUUUCAAUGAUUCUCAAAAAGAAGCUAUUCAACAUGUCUUGAAUAAUGCAAUCACUGUGUUACAAGGUCCUCCAGGUACAGGUAAAACUUCCACAAUUUAUGAAAUUAUUUUACAAUUAUUUAGAAAUUUGAAAACUUGGCCAAUUUUAGUUGUUGCAGCUUCAAAUAUUGCAAUUGAUAAUAUUGCAGAAAAAUUGAAAGCAGAUGAUGAUUUAAAUAUCUUGAGAAUUGUUUCUACUGAAAAGGAGAAAGAAUAUAAUGAAAAACAUCAUUUAUAUGAUGUUUGUUUACAUCAACAAAUUUUCCAAAGAUUACCUGAACAAAAUAAACAAAUUGCAUUAGAUUUAAGAUAUAAUAGAAAACCUGUUAGUCAGAAUCAAUAUAAAAAAUUAUUAACUAUUCAAAAUUCUAUUAUUGAAAAAUUAGUUGCACAGGCUCAAGUUAUUUUAACAACUUCAGUUGUUGCAGGUGGUUAUCAAUUGAAAAAUUUAAAAAAAUUACCAGUUGUUAUUAUGGAUGAAAGUACUCAAUCUUCAGAAGCAACUUCAUUAAUUCCUCUAAGUAUGCCAGGUGUUGAUAAAUUUGUUUUUGUGGGUGAUGAUAAACAAUUAAGUUCAUUUAGUGAAGUUCCAUAUUUAGAACAAUCACUUUUUGAAAGAGUGUUGAAUAAUGGUACUUAUAGAAAUCCACACAUGUUGAAUGUUCAAUACAGAAUGCAUCCAAAAAUUUCAGAAUUCCCAAUUAAAAGAUUUUAUAGAAAUUUAUUAUCAAAUGGUGUUACUGAAGAAGAUAGAUUUAUUGAAGGUAUUAAUCCAUUAGUAUUUGUUGAUUAUGGUUCAAUUCAUCAAGAAUCAAAAGUUUCAAAUUUCAAAAGAUUUAAUGGUGGUGGUUAUACUUUUACAAAUCAUGGUGAAGCAAAAUUAAUUUUAAAAAUAUUAAAAGAUUUAAUCUUUACAAAGAAUAUUAAUAAAGAAGAUAUAAGUGUUAUUACACCAUAUUCAGCACAAAGAGAUCUAUUAGCUACUACAUUCCAAAAAGAUGAUUUAAUUAAUCCAAAUAAUGAAGACAUUGAAGAAGAAGUUGAUGAAGAUUCAUUAACAAAUAAAAAACCAACUACAAUUAAAACCAUUUGUAAUAUUAUGGUUAGUUCAAUUGAUGCAUUCCAAGGUCGUGAAAAGAACUUUAUUAUCUUCUCAUGUGUCAGAUCAAAUGAAGAAUCCAAGAUUGGGUUUGUUAAAGAUGAAAGAAGAUUAAAUGUUGCAUUAACAAGAGCAAGAAAUGGAUUAAUUCUUGUUGGUAAUAAGCAAUGUAUGAGUCUUGGUGAUCCAUUAUGGAAAGAGUUGACUGAUCACUUGGAAUCUAAUGACUCCAUAGUCACACCAGAAUCAUUAAACUUAUAG